UCUCUCUCUCCACAGUCCUGCUCUGCCCCCAUGCCUUUGUGUGUGUAUGUGUGCGCUCCGUGAAGCUGACUGCGUACCCAAAAACCGUGUGACGGGUGCCUUGCAUUAAAAAAAAAAACAAGCUUUUUCUUUUUGGGAAUUGCAAAUGUAUCCGUGUUAUAUAUUCUAUUGGAGAUAGGAAAACCUGCAGGUGCAUGUAAAGAGGAGGAACCGGGUGGACGCACGUGAAUCCCUCACUUAUCCAAAGCCAGGAAACAGAAAGGACAGGAACGCAAGUGCCGCAAAUUGGACUUUCCACCAUCAGCAACCCUCCUCUCUCCUCUCUUCUCUCUCGCUCUCUCUCGCCAUCCCUGCUCCUCCUCUGUAGGUCUCCCCACUUACUCCCAUCCAACCUCAUUCUCCCGGUCUCCUUCAGUGAUCCCAGAAUAGCCGCACACCGGACGCACUCUCUACCACAAUAGUGGGGGGGUUUGGAUUUCGGGGUGACUUGGGAGACGCCGGAGAUGGAUUAAAGGGACUGUGCAUCGCAAAACUGGAGCAGCACGCACGACCACGCCGGGGGGGAAGGGGGCGACGGGACUCGGUGAAUUCGCGAAGCCCCCGGGAGAGAGGCUGUGACUGGUCCCACCCCAAGAUGACAUCCCCCAAAAACAAAGCCAAGAAAAAACCACCCAAAGACAGCAUGACGCUGCUGCCGUGCUUUUAUUUUGUAGAGCUACCCAUCGUCCUAUCCUCCUUGGUGUCCCUCUACUUCCUGGAGCUGACAGAUGUGCUGUCCCCGGCAAUGGUGGGCUUCCGUUGCCAUGACCGCGACCUCUCCAUGCCCUACGUGGAGACGGGCGAUGAGCUCAUCCCGUUGCUGAUGCUGCUGAGUUUGGCCUUCGCUGGUCCUGCAGCGUCCAUCAUGAUGGGGGAGGGCCUGAUGUACUGUAUGCAAUCCAAACUGAAGACAUGUCCCAAGUCAGAGAGCAGCAUUAAUGCUGGAGGCUGCAGCUUCAACUCCUUCCUACGCAGAACCGUGCGCUUCGUUGGUGUUCAUGUGUUUGGUCUCCUGGCAACAGCCCUGGUGACAGAUGUCAUCCAGUUAGCUACUGGUUACCACACCCCUUUCUUUCUCACCGUCUGCCAGCCCAAUUAUACCGCUCCGGGAGUGUCAUGUGACAACCAUGCCUACAUCACAAGAGACAUCUGCAUGGGGAAAGACCAGUAUGCCAUCAUGUCAGCAAGGAAAACAUUUCCAUCCCAGCAUGCAACGCUCUCUGGCUUCGCUGCUGUCUAUAUCUCCAUGUAUUUCAAUGCCAGUAUCAGCAGCACGACCAAGCUGCUUAAGCCGUUGCUGGUGUUUGCUUUCUGCAUGGCGGCAGGCCUCGCUGGGCUGACGCAGAUAACUCAGCACCGCAGUCACCCAAUAGAUGUCUACGUGGGGUACCUCAUAGGAGCCGGCAUCGGAGUGUACCUGGCUGUGUACGCAGUGGGAAACUUCAAAGCAUCAGAAGAAGACGCUCACUCUUUACAAAGACUGACCCCAGCUCAGCAGAAGGACGGCCUGAGGGUGCUGAGUCAGCGGAGUCAUGACUCCCUGUACAGGAAGACUCCCAGGGUGUCUGAGAGCAGAGAGGAGCUGGGGGUGGGGCUGGGGUCUGGGGCCCGCAGUAAGGUGAGAAGGGAGAAGGCCUCCCUGGCCUCCCUCAAACGAGCAAGUGCUGAUGUGGAGCUCCUGGCAACCCGUGGUCCCAUGGGCAAGGAAACCAUGGUAACCUUCAGCAACACCUUGCCCCGUGUCGCAAACGGCAACAGCCCCAUUUCACCCUCAGAUGAGCCGCCUACCACGCAGCGUCACAUGACCUUCCAUGUGCCCUUCGACCCUCAGAGGUCUCGACAGCUGGUGUCAGAGUGGAAGCAGCGCUCGCUGGAGCUCCGCAGCCAGAGCUCACGAGAUGAAGAGGAGGGAAUGGAUGGUGGAGAUGGAGGAAAUGAAGCAGGAGAAGGAGGAGGAGACCAGGAGAUGCCUUCCUCUCUUUAUCCCACAGUGCAGGCCAACAAGGGCAUUGCCACACCUACCGGAGCCAGGAUGGUGGUGGCACCGCCACUCGUUCACAUCCCUGAGGAGGCCUCUCGGCCGCCGCCUGUCUCCCCCAAGAGUGCCAAGACCCGCGCCAAGUGGCUCUCACUAACCGAGGGAGGAGGGGUGAAAGAGCCUGGAACAGGACCCAUUGCGGUGUCCACUCCCCGUGUGCCCAACACGCAGCCCAACCAGCCACCCAGUCAGCAAAGAGUCACUCAGGUGAUUGCCAUGUCUAAGCAACAGGGUCAUGGACCCCUCACUUCCUCAACUACUAAGACAUCAGAAGGUGGCUCCUCCUCCGGCGGUGGGUCCAACUGCUCCGAGUCGCCCUAUUACCGGAUCCCAUCUGAUCGAGACAGCUGCACUGGGAGCAACCCAGGGAGCAUCGCCGGAAGUGGGAGCAUCGUCACAAUCGACGCCCAUGCCCCUCACCACCCGGUGGUGCGUGUGUCAGCCAAUAACGGCAAACCGUGGGAGUGGAGAAACACCAUCAGUGGUAACAUGAUGACUGCCGACAUGGCAGGGGAAAAACACCGUGUAGCGCUACAGCGACAGGACAAUGUCAGUCACUACCGGGAUUACCGGACACUCCCAGUGAAAACAGACUCGCUCUGCUCCUCCGGCGGCAGCAUAGAAGGAGGAGCGGAUCUGCCUCCCCCACCUCUGCCGACCUCCUCCUCCCCCCUGCCUCCCCCUCCUCAGCUGUUGUCAUCCCCUCUACCGCCACCGCCUACUCACUCUUCUUCUUCCCCCUUGCCUCCCCCUCCACACUCGAGCUCCUCUCCAAUGCCUCCUCCUUUCCCUCACCCUGCCUCCUCUCACAUGCCUCCACCUCCUCACCUGUCCUCUCAGAUGCCCCCACCACCCCUCCCAUCUUCCUCUCAAAUGCCUCCACCUCCUCACCCAUCCUCCUGUCAAAUGCCCCCACCUCCUCACCCAUCCUCCUGCCAAAUGCCCCCACCUCCACAUCCAUCCUCUUCCCCUUUGCCACCUCCACCUCACCCCUCAUCCUCCAUGCCUCCACCUCCUCACCCGUCCUGCUCCAGCAUGCUCCCCCCUCCUCCCCAUCCCGACUUACUGAUGGACGGCCACAGCCAGGCACUGUCCCGCUCCUCCACCCUGCCUCGUCGGCCCUCUGUCUCCGCCCGCAGCCACGCUGAGCAGGAGCACUACUACAAGGCCAUGCAGAAUGAGAGGAUGUUAUAGUAAAUGGGAAAAACAACGGACAUCAUUGUCAUAUCAAUGGUUGUACUUCAGAAGACUCAGCUGAAAGAGACAGUGAAACGAAAUAGGUUGUGGCAGGUGAAUAAAGAUUUAUGAAAAAUGACAAAAAGGUUUAGAGACUCCAGAAAAGCAGCUUCAGUUAAAAUGCUGGAAACGAAGAGGCGUUAGGGGUGGAGGACCAUUGGGAGGUCUGGCAGCUCACACACACUCAGCAGGGGAGCUGUUUUUUCCCUGCUCGCAUGUACUGCCCACAGCGCCAGCUCAACAGCCCUGACUGGGAAAAGAACAGACAAGGGAAGAAAGGGGAGUCAAACAGAGAAGGGUAAAGAAUUAAAAAAAACACAGUUCAGCUCUAGUUUCGGCACGCACAUCCUCCGUGUUUCUUUAUGACACAUUCAAAGAAGGAAUGGAAGAGGCUGCAGCUGAAAGAGAUAUCACACUGAACGGUCUGGGAUUUGCUAAAUCAAGUUUCCCCUGAGAGGUGGGAUAAGACUGAGCAAACAAAACAACUACAGGCAAUACUAGCUCUCCUUAAACUAGUGCAGCUGUUUGAGGUUGCCAACCGCUACACACAGAGAAUUUGCCGUUCAUGCUUCAAAGCCCAAAAGCUGUGAAUAAAGAGGAGUAUACAGUAAUGUUAACUUCAACCACAGGUUCAAUAGUAUUAGCCACAGCCCACAAAAGAGAGACGAAAGAGUCUUUUUUGCCCCUCUGAAUAAACAAACCAAAUGGGGAAAUUUAUGUUUGAGGCCAAGCAAAUCUGUCAGUAUCCACCAGAGAGAGCCGGCUUAGGGAGCGUUGCUUCUGGAUGGGGUGUGAGAAUGGAGGAGGAGGGGUGGGUAUAAGGAGGAUCACGCACAGUUGGGCACCCCUAUACAGACGUCACUGAAUGGAUUACUGUUGUAAACAUGAGAGGCGGUGGAAUGGAAAGAGAAUUGUUCCUAAAGUGAAGAGGGUGGCUGGGCCGCACAGCACAGCACAGCAAGCCAGGCAACCAGUCUGUCUUUGCUGUGUGAAAAACCUGCCACAGAGCCUGAAGCAGCACUAAGGAGAUUAAGGUUUGUUUAUCAAACCAUGCUAGCACACUCUUCCCUCCGUAGCCAUUCACAUUUAGCCCUCUGGAAAAUCACAAUGGUGACGGGAAUGUUAAUGCAAAGCCGCCCAGCCAGUGGUGCAGCCGGCCAUCACCAGCAACAUCCACAUUGGCUCAAGCAGGUGCUGGUUGGAUGCGACUAACUGGCUUGUGUUUCGAGCAGUCUCUGUUUACACCUGUUAGCAUUUCAAAGGUUUUGCUACCACUUUCUAACUUUGCAUACUUUAUAAGGGGUUGCUUUAUUAAUUAUCAUUUAUGUAUGCUUUAAAGAACAGUAAUUCUUAAGAGCAACUUUUGGGUUGUCAGGUUGUUCAUUUGUGUACAAUUGUCUUUUUAUCUAGCUAUUUUAUAUUUUCAGGAAGCAGGAAGACUAAAUAUUAUUUUAAAUAUUUAUAACUCCAGAGAUACAAUCCUUUAUUCAUGCAUCAUCUAUAUGCAGGGUCACAAGCUACCCUUAUUUAAGUACGUUUUAGAAAGUGAUACCAAGAUUUUUGUUCUUUGUUGAUAUUAUAAUAAACUCAUAUGUUGACAAUGUUGACAAAACCAUCUCAACACAAGGUCCAUUGCUCACUUGCUUUAGAGCAGAUUGGGAAGUUGGCCUCCCAGGAAUGCCCCAACACAGUUUUAGGGGAGGCUCAGUGAAUGGAGGUGAAAAAAUAAUAUAUAAGGUAUCAGUAGGAGAUCACAUAGAAUUGCCUAAAUGUGUGUGAUAAAGAGUCAGAAACUAAUAAAUGCCUUAGGACAGACUGUUUAUAUAUUUUGUGUCUUGUAAAGUUAAACAGCAGUAUUAGGUUAUCUUAGCACAACUGCUGAGUGUCCAUAAGAUCAUAUAACAUAAUCAUGAUCCCAUAGGCAUCCAGGAAUUGAGCGAAACAAAGCAAGUGAACUAAGGGGGGUGGGGUUGGAGGGUGCCUUUUCACAAGCUUUGUCCGAGAGGAGGCCCCCAGUCUCAGGCUUUAAGAAACCCCUGCUCUAGAGCUUUUGAUCCACAUCACACAGUCUUCAUUUAGUGUUGUUCGCUUGGUUUCUGUGGAACUGUGAGUGUUCAAACUAUGAGCAAACUACAUCUGCUGAGGAGGAUCAUGUACCAAGGUCAAAAAGGGAGUACGUAUACCUCCAGUUGAGAUUGUUUUGUCAACUACUGUUUCAAAGGUCAAGAAUGAGCUGCCCACCGAAAGGUUUACAUUCAGUUUUUGACAUUGAUUGUCUAAACCAUUAAUGAUUAAUUGUAGGAAUAACCUAAUUAUUAAUUCAUAAUGAAAAUAAUCAUUAGUUGGAACCCUUAGGACAUACACUUGGAUUUGACAUCUACAAGUUGAGAGGAAGUGCGUGUUCUUCCUGCUCACCCCUGCCUCCUGUGUGUAUUAGUACUAUAUUGUAUAAAGUCAUUAUCUGGUACCUACCAUUUCAUACAAGUUUUUUCUAUCAGCAGAUUUCCCGUACAUUGACAAGUGCUUUAUUUCAGCUCGUUCUUUGAUCAAAUCAUGAAAGAUACAGACUCACAAACAUAGAUGAAAAAAAUGGUUUUCACCCAUGCACCACAGCAUCUGAAGGGUACGUGAACUGAUUUUGUAAAGUUGUGCUAGGACGGGGCGAGUUAAAUGGAACAAGUUGUAUUUUGUAGUGGAGCUCCUCAAAUGUGAGGGGCUGGUAGAUAAUGUUGCUCGUCGGUUUGUGCUGCAUGUGUGUGUACGAGCGUGUUUUUUUAAAACUUUACUUCUGUGCUUCAAGUCUGUGACGUUACCUUUGACCGACAGACAAGCUGCAUUUUUCAGUGCUGGUGAGUAUCGUACUACAUCUCCCCCCUGCCCCAUUUUGACUGUAAAAAUACUUGAUAUUACCUAAUAUUAUUAAUACUAUUAUUAUUCCGCAGUCCUCUUUUUUGGGCUAAUGUUUUCUAUCUGUGGUGAUGUGUAACAUUAAUAACCUGAUUGAAUAAAAAAAUGAAGACUUAUUAA